AUGGGGGUUCUGCUGGGUUCCAGGGCAGCGAGCCUGGCACCGCUCACUCACUCCUCGAUCGCCAACCUCAGUCCUCCCGCCGGUCCGCCCACCUCGCCCUCGCCGGGCCCCGCCGCUGCCAGGUGCUUGCCCCUCCGCAGCUCCUCCCCGCCGCGGCGCGGCGCGCUCCCGGGGCCCGGAGGCCCGGGGGAAGCGCGCCGCGGGCCGGGUCCGCCGCUCGGCAGGCGCGCGGCGGCGGCGGGGGCGGCGCUCCCGGGGGCGCGGCGCACCUUACUCCCGGCGCCCCCGCCCCGCGCCGGCCCCUCCCCGCGCGGCCCGCGCUCCCGCCCGCGCGGGUCGGUUCCAGCCCCUUCCGUCGUCCCCGGCCGCUGUUCUCCGCCGGCCCGCGAGGGAGGACGAUGGGUCAGCGCGGAAAAAGUGAAUGAGGGCGGCGGCGGCGUCUGCGAGCGCCUGACUCGCGGGGCCCGAGCGCCGCCCGCGCCCCCGGCCCGCCGGCUCCAUGGACGCGCCGCGCGCCUCGGCGGCCAAGCCCCCGACCGGGCCCGAGUGUCUGGGAAAGGAGUGUUCCCGCAGGCGGCCUGCUGCGUGGGCGCAGGGCUUGGUGCCAGGAAGCAUAUGAAGAGUCAGCAGCCCAGCCGACGCUGAAAUCGCCAGUCAUCCCCACGCUGAAAUCGGCAAGGAAAGCACAUCCUCUGUGGAGGCACCCUCCCUCCCGCCCCCAGUUCUACAGAUUAUAGCUAUCGUUUUAUUAUUUUCGUGGUCACUUGGCUUUUGGAAGAGGAGUGCUUGGAAGAGGCUGAUCCGUGCUCCCUGGCUUCGGUGUCUGGAAUCACGGACCCGUCUAAAUAUAGCGCCGUUGUCUCCGGUGGAGCUGAAGGAGGGGAUGGGUGGCCAUAAAUGGGAGUGCGCUCUCCCUGGGGCUGGUUCUCAGGUCGGCUAAGCUCCGGAUCAAGUUCACCCUGUUGUGUGUGUGUG